AUGAUUGGAUUUUAUUAUGUUUUUCUAAAUAAUUCUUUAGAAAUUAAAAGCUUAGAAAUAGUUAAAAAUUUUAGUGUGUAUAAACGCAAUUUAGGUGAGGCAGAAAGAAAUACUAAGCGUUCAAAAAGGAAAAAAAUUUUUAAACUUAGAAAAGAAGACACGAAUAAAACAAAAUCCAAUGAAAAUGAUAACAAAUGUAAUGAACAAAAGGUACAGCAAAAUAUAUAUAGUACUAAUAAUGAUAUGAAAAAUACUAAUGUAGAAAAUCAAAGUAAUAUUUCAAUAAGUAAUAUAAAUUAUAAUGAUAUGUCAAAACAAUUAACGGAAAAGGAAUUACUUGAUGUAUUAAAUUCAUUAAAAGAAUGCCCGUCAAAAGAAGAUCUUAGAAAUAUAUGGAAUCAUACAGUUGGUGUUGCCAAAGGAGGUCUUGAUGAUAUACAGAGAGAGUUAAAAGGAUUAAUACAAAAAUAUUUAGAUAAUGAUACUUAUCGUCAUGAUAUUAUGGGACGCGAAGAGUAUUUAUAUAAUAAUAUAUGGCAACAAAAUUUAAGCAGUCUUUGUACAACAGUAGGAAGUGAAGUAGUAGAAAACACUAAUAGGUUUUUUAGUUUAAUUAAUGGUGAACACACACUUGAUGAUAUUUUAAAGUUUAUUUAUUCGUUCUUAGAACAUUUUGAAACAUUAAAAAAGGAAUUACAUGAAAAGCAUCAAAGUGAACUCUUACAAAAAAUUGGACAAAACAUGAAAAAAAAAAAAAAAUGA